AUGAGUCAAUCUUUAUUUAAUGAUAUUCCUUCAGUAAUAACGAAAUGUGGAGUAUUUGAUUACUCAGCUUGCAUAUUCGAAGCCAGAAUAUAAAAAAAGGGAUUUUUAGGCUAAUUAUAGACACGUUUUAUUUAUUGUACAGAAAACUCAUUUUGUGUAUGUAAAGAACCAUAUUAAAAUAAACCUGAUAAAAUCAUAAAUUUAAAACCUGAUUGGCAUUUAUAAUGGAUAAUAGAUUCUAAAAAAUAGAAUUAAUCUUUUGAAAAAAAAACUAUAGGUUUUAAAUUAUUAACUGAUACAUCAUACAAAAUCGAAUAUCAUUGUGAUAAUAUAGUUAUUAUUAAAUUAAGAGAAUAUUUUUCCAAAAGAAUAUUUUAAUUAAAUUUUUUUGAUGAAUUUGAAAUUAUCUAAAAAAUUGGAAAAGGGAAAUAUGCCAAAGUCUAUAAAGUAAAAAAAAUUGAUAAUGGAAAAUUUUAUGCUGUAAAAUAUUUACAUAAGAAAAAGCUUGAAUAAAUUGAAGAUGCUUUUGAAAGUAUUUUUAAUGAAUUAAAAAUUUUAAGAAUGUUAAAUCAUCCGAAUUGUAUUAAAAUAAUAGCAACAUAUGAAGACGAAUACGGUUAUUAUAUAUUAACUGAACUAUACGAUUCUAAUAAAACAUUACAGGGUGAACUUCAAAAGUUUGAAAAUCCAUAAUUCGGAUAUAAUGUUGUAAGGCAUAUAAUGAAAUAAUUGCUUAAAGGAAUAGAAUAUGUUCAUAGUUUAGGAAUUAUGCACAGAGACUUAAAGCCUUAAAAUAUAAUGUUUUAAAAUGAAGAUAAUACUUCCCUUAAUGAUCUUAAAAUUAUUGAUUUUGGACUAGCAUAAUUUACAAAGGAUACUCAUUUUAUUUAUGUUCAUGUAGGGACCCCAGGAUAUGUGGCGCCAGAAAUUUUAGCAAAUCAGUCAGAAAAUCAUAGAUAUUCAGAAUAAUGUGAUUUAUUUAGUAUUGGAGUAAUUUUGCAUAUUUUAUUGACUGGUAAAUCUGUUUUUCCUGGAAAAAAAUUUUCUUAGGUUUUAGAGUUAAAUAAAUAAUGCCAAAUAAAGUUUGAAGGUAAACUGUAUGAAUAGAUAAAUAAAGAUAGUAUGGAUCUUUUGUAUAAAUUAUUAGAACCAAAUCCAUUAUUACGUUUAAGUGCAACUUAAGCAUUAAAACAUUAAUUUUUUCAAAAUGAAUAGACUAAAUAAUUGAAAGUAGCUUCAGCUGCAAAUUUAGAUUCUUUAAUGAGUCCAGUUGAUAUUAAAGUUGAUUCGAAAACUCCAUUAAAAUUUGGAAUGAAAAACGAAUUUAACUUUAAAAGUUAAUAAAAAUAAAGCAAGAGUGCAGUAAAUUUAGAUAGUUUUAAUAUUGAUUUAGAAGGCUUAAACAAAAAAUUAGUAGUUUAAUAGGUAUUUAAUAAAUUAAAUAGGAAAAUUAAAAAAUUGUGCUUUAUAAGUUAUUAAAAGAAUUAGUUGAUGUCUUUAUUUUACUUGAGGAAAUUUAAGAUGGUAAUAACAAUGAUAAUAACCGAUAUAUCAGUCCUUUGAAGUUUUAGUAAAGAAAUAAACUUAAUUAAGAAAACGGAUAAGCAAUAAAUACUACUCUUUAAUAAGUUAAAGAAGAAAUUGAAGAAAACGAUUCUCAUAAAAAUAGUGGAGAGUAAUCUUUUAAUUAUUAACAUGAUGAUAUAAAUGAAAAUAAUUCUGAGAAUUAAAAAGAUUAAAAAGAUUAAAAAGAUUAGAAUAAAUAAGAAAAAAAGUAAGAAUAAAUAAAAAAAUAGAAUUUAUAAGAAAGAAAAGAAUUAGGUUUAAAUAUUAAUGUUUUUAAAAAAGAAUAAAAGCAAAUU